GAGUCAAAAUUCCUUCCAUUUGUCAAUCCGUCAAGAUCCAAUAAGGAAAAAAAUGCGGAGACCCAGCUUCAAGAAAACAAGGCUUCAAAUUCCACUGGUGCCACCAUAACACAAUUCCAAGCUCCAAUUGCACAGUUCAUCCAUCAAAUUCUGUAUGAAGUUUCGAAUUGAAGACAGAGAUUCUCAUUCCUGGUUUGAAAUUCCAGCAUGAUCGAUUGUUCCAGGUAUCAUAAUGCAGCAGCAGCAGCAAUCCUCUUCUGCAGUUUCACCUCACCAUAUCAGUCCUCCGCCUUCAUCUCUUAGGUCACCUUCAUCCGUGCCCGCCGCCGCCGCCGCUGCCGCCGCCGCGCAGUCACCACUGGCUCUCGCUCCUCUGACGACCCACAUCUCCAAUUCCCAUCGGGAGUCGCUUCCUCCGCCGCCUCCUCCUCCAUCGGACCAUGUUGCCGGACCAGUGGUGCCGGUUGCGGCGGCCCAAUCCGCCGGUGAUUCUGCUGUAACUAUGGCUUGCCCGCUGGCUAGGGUUCGCCUGUCUGAUAUUUCCCCUUACGACGGCGCGCCUGGGGGGUCCUACGUGAGGGCUGUUGAGGCUUUGUCCGGAUCCUUGAUGAGAUAUAAUGCAGCUGUGAUCGAAUUGGAGAAUGAAGGUGCUGCUCUCACUCGGUGCGGUCUUGAAGCGGCUAGGUUGUUUCUCAAGAGCCGGGCGCAGAGUGGUGGAAAAGGGCGAGGUGUUUAUAUGUAUAGAGCCGGAAGAGCUGUGGAAGAUUGGGAGUCUUGUCCUCCAUGUAUGGCUGAUAUUUUUAGAUGUAUGGGUAAAGCAGCUCGGGCUGCUUUAUGUGCAAUAGCCAGGCAUCUUCGUUUGAGAAGCGAUGUUUUCAAUAAUUUGCUUGAUGAUUCUCCACUUCCUGCUACUGAGGUAUCCUCAUCAGUGCUUGUUGCAAUGCACCUGCAUAAUAGCUCUUUGCACAACUGCAAGGGUUAUGGUGGGGGAGGAAAGUCAGCAAUGAAUGUUGAAGUUGAGAAGGGUUUAUUGACAUUGAUUUCCUCAGACAAUCCUGGUUUACAGGUUUGUGAUCCCAAUGGUCGCUGGUACCUAGCAGAUGCUGUGUUGGCUCCUGGGGAUCUGUUACUGCUUACUGGCAAGGCACUCAGCCAUGCUACAGCUGGCCUUCGUCCUGCUGCAUCAUAUAAAUCUGCUCCUGAUCAUUCCUCUGGAUCAAAUUGUGGUGGGAGGACUUCCCUUGCAUUUAGACUCAUGCCACAAACCAAUGCCAUAUUAGACUGUUCUCCCAUUGCAGCAGCUGGUCAUGUUAUUCCUCAAAGAUAUGGUCCAGUCUCUGUUAGCCAAUUCAUGGACGUUCUUUCCGCUGAGGAAGAUGUAUUAUGUACUCAUCUGGACAAGGAUAACAAUUGUAUAGCUCGAAAUGAUCAAAAUAAGGAGCCCUCAUUAAGAAGUGUUCUCUCGGAUCCGUUAUCUGGUGCAUUCCUUGAGGAUGCAAUGUUUGUUUCGUGUGGACAUUCAUUUGGUGGUCUUAUGCUGAGGAGGGUCAUUGAGACGUCAAGGUGCACAUUAUGCAACUCAGAAAUUGAUGCUGGGUCUUUGAUUCCUAAUAUAGCACUUAGAGCCGCAGCUUCAGCUGUGAAGCAAGAAGAUGACAGGAGGCUAUUCCACAAUGCAGCAUUGAGGAAGCGUCGGAAGGAAAUGGGCGACCAGAUGGAUCCAAUGAGAAGAUUAAACAGGGAAAACGGUGAUAUUGCCAUCGAUGAUGGAAUCCAUCGAGGAGUUCAGUACCCCUUUGCAGUAAAUGAAAAGGUCCUAAUAAAGGGAAAUAGGAGAACACCAGAAAAAUUUGUUGGGAAAGAAGCGGUCAUCACAUCCCAGUGUCUGAAUGGCUGGUAUUUACUAAAAAUCAUUGGGACUGGAGAAAAUGUUCGGUUGCAAUAUCGGUCUCUUAGGAAGAUCCUGAACACGACACCAGCUAACGAGGAUAGCUGUCCCUCACAGCCCCUUCAGCACAGCAGCUCAUAAAACUCUAUGGAUGUUGAUGAUUAAUCCGGAGCAACAAGUUGAAUUCAAAUCACGGUUUGGUCAGCAGAAGAUUGUGAAUUUGUUUGGACGGUGAUAUAUUUAUCAUCAAGCAUCAGAACAGCAGCUGUUAGUUGGUUUUAGGUUUCUGUUACAUACUUAAAAAAAAUUCUGGGAAGUGUAUUUAGAUUUUUGUUUAGUACGUGAAGUAUCAUUAAAUUAUAGGCCCCAAGAAGACCUCUCGAUGUAUCAUUAGGCUUGAGAUGAGUGAGACAAAUUAUAUGCAAAUUGAGACUUGAGGCAUGGAUUGUGGGCCGAGAACACUUGGCACAUCCUAUUAACUAAAGCUUUUUAUUGGAAGCCUGCCGUGAGUAAUUUUCAAUCAA